AUGUCUGCUGCCAACUGUCUGCUAUCUGAAGAUCAGUUUCUGUGCUGCAUCUGUCUGGAUGUGUUCACUGAUCCAGUCACCACACCAUGUGGACACAACUUCUGCAAAAACUGCAUCACUGCACAUUGGAACAGUAAUGACCAGUACCUGUGUCCAAUGUGUAAAGAGACUUUCUAUGUAAGACCUUAUUUGAAGGUCAACACUUUCAUCUCUGAGGUUGUUUCUCAGUUCAGACAGAAAGCUCAACAGAAAGCCAGCAGCAGCAGCUCAGAGCAACAAGCUGCCAAACCAGGAGAAGUUCCCUGUGACGUCUGUACUGGAACCAAACUGAAGGCCCUGAAGUCUUGUCUGGUGUGUUUGACCUCAUACUGUGAGACUCACCUGGAGCCUCAUCUGACAAAGUCAGGCCUGAAAAGACAUCAGCUGAUGGACCCUGUGGAGAACCUGGAAGACAGGAUGUGUAUGAAGCACGAUAAACCUCUGGAGCUGUUCUGUAAGACCGACCAGACAUGUGUCUGCUUGCUCUGCUCUGUUUUAGACCACAAGACACAUGAGUUUGUUCCUCUGAAAGAAGAAUAUGAAGGAAAGAAGGCAGAGCUGGGGAAGACAGAGGCUGAAAUGCAGGAGAUGAUCCAGAAGAGACGACUGAAGAUUCAAGAGAUCAAACACUCAGUUGACCUCAGUGAGGAAGCUGCAGACAGAGAGAAAGCAGAAGGUGUUCAGGUCUUCACCGCUCUGAAGGAGUCUGUUGAGAGAAGCCUGAAUGAGCUCAUUGAGACGAUUGAAGAGAAGCAAAGAACAACAGAGAAACAGGCUGAAGACUUCAUCAAAGAGCUGGAACAGGAAAUCUCUGAGCUGAAAAAGAGAAGCUCUGAGGUGGAGAAGCUCUCACACUCUGAAGACCACCUCCACCUCCUCCAAAACUUCCUGUCCCUGAAAGCUGCUCCACCCACCAAAGACUGGACAGAGGUCAGCGUCCGUCUACCAUCAUAUGAAGGGACUGUGGUGAAAGCUGUGGCUCAGCUGGAGGAGACGCUCAGGAAACAGAUGAAGAAGCUGUUUGCUGAGGCUGAGCUGAAAAAGGUCCAGCAGUAUGCAGUGGAUGUGACUCUUGAUCCUGAUACAGCAAAUAUCUGGCUCAUCCUGUCUGAUGAUGGGAAACAAGUAAACUGUGGUGAUGUGAGGAAGAAUCUCCCAGACAACCCAGAACGAUUUUCUCCCAGCCUCUGUGUGUUAGGAAAGCAGAGUUUGUCUUCAGGCAGAUUUUACUUUGAGGUUCAGGUUAAAAGGAAGACUGACUGGGAUCUAGGAGUGGUCAGAGAAUCGAUCAACAGGAAGGGAAACAUCCCACUGAGCCCUGAGGAUGGUUACUGGACUAUGUGUUUAAGAAAUAGAAAUGAGUACAGUGCUUGUAAUAACAAUUUAGUCCGUCUCUCUCUGAAGUCUCGUCCUCAGAAGGUGGGGGUGUUUGUGGAUUAUGAGGAAGGUCUGGUCUCCUUUUAUGACGUAGAUGCUGUAGCUCUUAUCUGCUCCUUUACUGGCUGCUCCUUCACUGAGAAACUCUACCCAUACAUCAGUCCCGGGCUUAAUCAUGAUGGUAUAAACUCCGCCCCUCUGAUCAUCUGUCCUGUCAAUCAAACUGUCUGA